AUGAGUCUACUCCAAGAAACAAACAGCAAAGGAUGGAAAAUCUUUCAUUCAUACGUCGAUGAAAAAGAUAAAUCUAAAUUGGAAUUCCUAUGGAAAGAAGUUGAAGCACUUUUUGAAUCCCAAAAUGCUUCACAACAAUUUAAAGAACUUUCAAUCCAUAAAUCAUCAAAUAAUCACAGCACAAUAUUACAUAUUAGUGCGUAUUGCAAAAGUAUUGAAUUUCAACAAACAUUAUGGAAGCUUUUGCUUCAAACCUUUAAAAAUAGUGAGGUAUUAAAAGAAUUGACAGUUAAAAAAGACAAACAAAAUGAGAGCUUUGUUCAUAAUCUUGUAAUCUACAAUGAAGCAAAUGUUAUUGACUGGAUAUUCUCACAUUCAAAAGAAAGUUUAAAUUAUCAUCAAUUUCUAGAAAUCUUAAGCACCAAAGGAAUAUACAAAAGAAAUCUACUUCAAAUAGCUGCGAAUAAAUCUAAAGACAUCAAAAUUCAUCAAAUUUUAUGGAAAACUUUUCAGAAUUCUUGUGGAAGUGCUGAGUUUUUAGAGAUUCUCACAGAUAUUGAUGAAGAUUGCUGCAACAUAUUUCAAAUUGCUGCAUAUUACACAACAAACUGCAGUGAAAUUCAACAAUUUAUUAAACAUUUUGAUCCUUAUGGAAAGACAACCUUAGUCCUUGCAACUGUUGAGAACACUAAGGAUAUUGUUGGAUUAACAUGGAAAGAAAUCUCAGAAGUAAUUAUCAACAAAAACUUUUUAAAUGAAGAAGAGAAGUCUGGAUUUCAAAAAUGCGAUAAAACAAUCAAGAAUAUCCUUCAAUCUCAAGGUGUCAGAGAAGAAGAUAAAGAAGUUCUGGAGAUGAGAUGGAUUAGUAAUAAAAAUUCGGAGUUAUCAAAGCUAUUUGAAGGCCAUGCUAAUUUAAUUGAUGAACGGAAAUUGUCAGUUAAGAGUUUUGAUGAUCUAAGACAAUUCACAUCCAAUGAUAAAUUAGAAAAUAAUGAAAUUCUAUGGCAGCAUCUGCUAAAAAAUUACAUAAACUCUGAGGAUUUAUUAAGUCUAUUAUCAGAACCAAAUAGAGAAAAAAACAGCUAUAUCCACUUAUUAAUAGGCUACAACAAACCAAAGAUAAUUGAAUUCACAUUCAACAAACUCAAAUAA